UAUGAAGAAACAGUGAAGAAGGCUAAGGAGGCGUGGCAAGUCUGGGCUGAUGUAAGUUAGCAGUCAUGUCUUGUGGCGCUUGUCUCUGUAAUUGUGUCUCUGUCAGUUAAAGGCUGUUGCAUGGCCCUGUUGGUUGGAGAUGUGAAAAGGUAAUCGUGUUACAUAUGUUGCAUUAAGGCGAAGAUCUGUAGCGAGGGCCUGUCCCAUGACGCAGACCUACACAGCUGGCGUUCCUAACUGUUAAGUGCAAAAAUGAGGACAUUGACUUCUGAGAAGUGUUUGUUUUAAGAAGCCUGGAGUGUUUACCCAAGUUAGUGCCUGUAAGCUAUCGCCAGCAGGCCUGAUGAAGUUCUGAAACCGUGUAAGCAAGGAAGUAACCUCUCCAGCUGUAUUUAAGUUCACAUUUCAGCAUGCCUUCUCCUGUGAGAGUUCUGCAGAGUAUUUGGAUAUCGAACUCCUGGAGAUAACCUUGCUUUCGUGGUAUCCCUGCACCUAAGCGUGGAGAAGUAGUACGACAGAUUGGUGAUGCCCUGAGACAGAAAAUCAAAGUUCUAGGAAGCUUGGUUGAAGCAGAAAUCAGCUGUGGAGUUCCCCUGUGAGCAGAGUAGCCUAGCAAGUCUUUGGGACCACACGCACCCUAGAAAUACCUAGGGAUGUGUUUAGCCAGCUCUGUCUUAAUCUUUGCUUUUUCAAAGUACAAUCCUCAACUUCAAGUGGUCUCCUUGGAAAUGGGAAAGAUUUAUGUUGAGGGUGUUGGGGAAGUGCAGGAGUAUGUUGAUGUCUGCGACUAUGCUGUUGGUUUGUCCCGAAUGAUUGGUGGACCUGUCUUGCCUUCAGAAAGAUCUGGUCAUGCUCUUAUAGAGCAGUGGAAUCCUGUUGGGUUAGUGGGAAUCAUCACGGCCUUUAACUUCCCUGUAGCAGUGUAUGGGUGGAACAGUGCAAUUGCAAUGAUCUGUGGAAAUGCUUGUCUCUGGAAAGGUGCUCCCACAACAUCUCUCACAAGUGUAGCUGUUACAAAGAUAGUUGCCAAAGUCUUGGAGGAUAACAAGAUACCUGGAGCUGUCUGUUCUUUGAUCUGUGGUGGAGCAGACAUUGGGACAGCAAUGGCGAGAGAUGAGAGAAUGGACCUGCUGUCUUUCACUGGCAGCACGGAAGUGGGCAAGCAGGUAGCGCUCAUGGUUCAGGAGAGAUUCGGCCGAAGUCUACUGGAACUGGGAGGAAACAAUGCCAUCAUUGUGUUUGAAGAUGCAGACCUGAACCUAGUCAUCCCAUCCACUUUGUUUGCUGCUGUGGGAACAGCGGGUCAGCGAUGCACAACUGCCAGAAGACUGUUCCUCCAUGAAAAUAUCCAUGAUGAGGUGGUGGAGAAGCUUGUGAAGGCCUAUGCCCAGGUCCGCAUCGGUGAUCCAUGGGAUUCUGACACUCUGUAUGGUCCCCUUCAUACGAAAGCAGCAGUGAAAAUGUUUCUUGAUGCAGUAGAACAAGCAAAACAACAAGGUGGCUCUGUGGUCUAUGGUGGAAAGGUUAUAAAUCGCCCUGGAAACUAUGUUGAACCAACCAUUGUGACUGGCCUUGCCCAUAAUGCACCCAUUGUCCACACAGAGACGUUUGCUCCCAUACUGUAUGUGCUGAAAUUUAAGGAGGAAGAGGAGGUUUUUGCCUGGAAUAAUGAAGUAAAACAAGGUCUUUCCAGCAGUAUCUUUACCAGGGAUUUGGGAAGGAUUUUUCGCUGGCUUGGGCCAAAGGGAUCUGACUGUGGCAUUGUGAAUGUCAACAUCCCAACAAGUGGGGCAGAGAUUGGUGGUGCUUUUGGUGGUGAAAAGCACACUGGUGGAGGAAGAGAAUCUGGAAGUGAUUCAUGGAAGCUUUAUAUGAAACGGUCAACAUGUACAAUCAACUACAGCAAGGACUUACCUUUGGCUCAAGGAAUCAAGUUUCAGUAACAACCUUAUGAGUGACUGUGCCAGGAACUCUCCUAGCAUUUCAAAACCAUGUACCUUCUAAAACUAAUGGUGAGGAAAAUGGUCUGAAAUUCAGCUACUGCAAUGCUAAUUCUGUCAGAAAAUCAGAUACUCUAAAAAAUUGUUUAACUUCUAAUGUAUGAAAUCACUACUUCAGUCUUCAAAUAUGAAAUAGAGAAUGUUUGGGAAGAAGGGGAAGCGACGAGUUAGUAAAUUUGGAUUGAGGUGGGCUAGAUGAUCUUCUGUUGCCUUAUCACUGUCCUUCACUGUCUGUAUUCUUUGCCUCCUUACCAUUUCCUGUUAUUUUUUCAUUUGCUAGAUCUAUGCUUCAAACUACAUGUUGAGUUUCCUACAGAUGCCUAGUGCAUGGAGGGGGGGGGGACAGUACGGGGCUAUUUUUCAAUGCAUAAAUAAACUUACGUUUUGUGAAA